GACGAGCGUGUUUAACCACAAAAUACGCAUGGGAAGACGAGACUGAGCUAUGAUACAAUCAAAAUCGCGUGAAGUGCCGCAGACGGCAUGUUCAUUAAAAUGAGAAAAAACUUUACUCUCAAGUAUCAGUUAUAGGCUUUAUUUAGCCUGUAGUCCUAUGGAUCCGAAGGCAUUUGAAGAACUUUCAGCACUUUUAACGACCUGACUUUUAAAGACUGAUUUUCGGAAAGAUGCAGACGGACCCCGUGUACGACUUCCCCGACGCCCAGCCGGUGGGGGAGAGGCGGGCGUGUCCCCAGAGGGGCUCCCUGAAGAGCAUCAGCGUGCUGGACCGUCUGCUGCUCACACACCCCGUGUGGCUACAGCUGUCCAUCAACUCUGCCACUGCCCUUCACGUCCUGCAGCGGGAGCCUCCCGGGACAUUCCUGGUGCGCAAGUCCAGCACAUCUCAGAAGAAGGUGCUCUGUGUGCGUCUGGCCGAUGACAGCGUGCCUUCCUUUGUGAAGCAGUUUGUGAUUCGCGAGGAGGACUCCACUUUCUCCCUGGAGAGCUCAGCCAUACGCUUCCCAGAUCUCUGCCGUCUCAUCGCCUUCUACUGCGUCAGCCGGGAUGUCCUACCAUUUACUCUUGAACUGCCAGAGGCCAUAGCCAGAGCCUCAUCACACAAGCAACUUGAGUCAAUCUCUCACAUGGGUGUAGAGUUCUGGAGCUCGCAGCUGAACUUCCGGGGGCCUCGUAACGGCCCUCAGCCCGCCGCAGAUGUUCCACCCCCGCCGCUCCCGGCUCUCCGGCCCGAGGACUGCAUCACGCCCAUAGAGAACCCCACCCUGUUCGAGGAGUUCUGCCCCAUCCGCACGCGGAGCCCCCGCGAGCUGGACAUCGGCACGGGCCAGGGGGCCCUGUGCUUCAUCAACCCGCUCUUCCUGCAGGACGAGCCGUCGCGCAGCGCCCUGCACCGCCGCAACCGCUUCAAGCGCAGCAUCAAGGUGCGCGUGUCCACCGAGAACACCAGCAUGCUGUCGCCCCCGGUCGCCCCUCCGCCGCCGCCGCCGCUGCUGGCCAAAAAGAAAGGCAAAGGCGUGCGGCAGAAGGCCACCGCGGUCGUGGACGAGGCCAAGGACGAGGCCAAGGACAGACCAAAGGAGAGCGCGGCAGCACCAGAGGAGGUCUCAGACUACCGGGCGCCCACCUUGCCGCUACCCAAGAAGACGAGAGCUCUGGUGCCACCCACUCUCUCGCCAACAGCAGAGGAGGACGACUAUCAAAUGCCAAAAGCUUUGCUAGAGAACUGUGGUCAGAGAAGGGAGGAGGAGGAAGAAGAGGAGGAGGAGGGUGAGGAAGAGGAGGAGGAGGAGGAAGAGUUAAGUGAAGACGCGGGGCUGGUGCUGGAGCAGAGGCGUGCUCCGUCCCUCAGCGAGCUGGAGAGCAGCAGCUCCCUCAGCAGCCUGGACGAGGCCGAGGAGGCCGAGCGGCCGCCCAUGUCCAGGGGCACCAGCGCGCCGGCCGCCCCGCUCCCCAGCCCUCCUCCGCAGCCGCCCCAGCCCGUGUCCGCCCUGCGCAAGAUGAGCGCCGCCUUCGUCUCCUUCUUCAUGCCGGAGAAGCGCGUGGCCCGCAUGGUGGAGGAGCUGUCGCGCGACCGCCGCCUGGCCUUCGGCGGCCUCGUGCAGGACUUCCUGCGCCAGCAGCGCGAGAGCCUCAAGCUGCGGAAGGCCACCUCGGCCGUGGAGAUGCUGCAGGGCAUCCGCCAUUUCCUCUCCCAGGCCAAGGCGUUCCUCCAGGACUGCGGGGAACUGGAGCCCCCCAUUGAGACCUUGCUGCCAGAGGAUGAAAAAGAUCAGGCUCUGGAGAAGGCCAUGUUCCGCUCCGUCUUGAAGCCCCUGAAGGGACAGAUCGACGGGGCCCUCUGCGCCCUUCACGACAGAGACGGCUCCACCCAGCGCCUGGCCGAGAGCCUCAAAAAGGCGCGGAAGAGCUCGCCCCUGGAGCUCUUCGGGGUGCAGGUCAACGUGCCAGAUGCCCAGGGCGUAGAGAAGGUACGGCAGAAGCUCAUCACCCUACAGCGCGCCUACUCUCCCAUUGACAAGGUGCUCCUGCUGCUACAAGUGUGCAAACUCAUCUACAAGGCCAUGAACAAAGACAAACGGAAGGAGUUUGGUGCAGAUGACUUCCUGCCAGCUCUCUCCUAUGUGAUUGUACAGUGUAACCUACCAGAGCUUCUGAUAGAGGUAGAGUACAUGAUGGAACUGCUGGACACCCCGUGGCUCACUGGAGAAGGUGGGUACUACCUGACCAGCGUUUAUGCCAGCUUGUGCCUCAUCCAGAGCGAGCCGACGACUCCUCCUGCCAGUGGGCUGACUCGAGAGGCCCGCGAGUCGCUCAAACAGUGGAGUCACCGGCGCAGCAACGACUCCAAGAGAGGGAACACUCUGCAACAGAGGUUUGUGAAAGUACUCUUCCAGAAUGAGGAGAGUAGCUUGGUGAAGACCCUCCAGUGGAAGAAAGGGGUAAACGUGGAGGCCUUGGCCCAACUCUGUGCUGCCAAGUUUGGCAUCAGUGAGCCAGAGGACUACAGUCUCUUCUGGAGAAAAGAUGGGGAGGCUGAGCCACUCUCCCCCGACUCUAAAAUUGAUGACUUCUUGGCCUUGAGUGGCAAUAGGUCUCCCCUUAUUUACCAGCUCCAGAACCCUGAUGCCAAGUCACGCAAACUGACCAGAGGGGGCGCUGUGGACCUUGUGGAGUCGGUGUAAUUCUGGCAAAAGACACACCCAAGUUUGAUCCAGUGAUGGUGAAUUCAGUCAUACGUGUCAGUCUAGGUGGUACGUGUUUGGUAGCUGUGUUCCAUGCACUUAUAUAUUUGAUUGCUCUUAUUUGCAUUGAUUUAGAUGAGGGGGCGUCCAUGUACAUUUUGGAUAAACUGCAUAAACUGUUUUAAAUGAUGAUUAGUGGUGGAAAACCACUGUAAAUAAUAGUCAGAAAAUGUCAAAUAUAACAAUGUAAUGAUAUAUCUAAAUGAAUGUCAUAACAAUACAAUGAUAAUGUAUAUUUAAAAUCCAUCUUCUGGCAUGACUGUAUUAUAUGUAUAAAUGGAAACAUGAGCCAUAUUUAUUUUAUACCUUCCUCCUCUCAUGGGACCAGACAUGACAGCAUCUGGGGAAAACCGGUUUAAUUUCCAGAGGGCUGCAGUCAAAAUCAGCCCAAACAAGUUGCUGGAUUUCCUUUAAAAACCCAGCCGUGACCCAAUGGAAGCAAAACAGGGCUUUCUUGCAUUUGAAUAACUGCAGCCACUUUUGAGUUUUGAGUUUACUUCAUAAGAUGUUGGUUCAGACAUUUUAAGCUCUGGCAACCACAAACCUCUCCCUUGGCUGUCCUUAGGUGGAGGAUAUAAAUGUACUGUAAAUCACUUUAAUGCAUCCAAAGCAUUUCACAGUCGUACUACUAUGAUGAUGCCAACACCUUGUAAAUUGUGAGGAUGUGGAUGACCUUGUUUUUAAGAAUGUGCAGGUACACAUGGACCAUGAAACAAGCACUUCCCUAUGGUGGAGCUGACAGCAGUCUUCACCAGUUUCAUGAAAUCAUUCCACUAUAAUUUUAAGGACUAUGAUCAUUCUGAAGAUGUAUGCCUGGAGAUAACAUUUGUUUCAUGGACAUGUUAAUGUUGUCUCAAGUUUUAAGUUAGUCUAGUUGUAGCCAGUGACCUGGAUUUGAAAUUUUACUGAUUGUUGAACCCUGGGAAAAUGUCUGGACCGAUCAUUUUGGCUGUUUGCCAUCCUCGAGGAAAAGUAAGCCAGAUUUUUAUCUUCAGUAACCGUCAAAUAUUUCUGGAACUUGCAGAGACUCACAGAAACACUUGUCAAUUGGCAGACAUUAAGCUCAUGAGAUUUUUCCUGGAGACGGUCUCCUUCUUGCUUUGUUGUUGGAAUAACUUGAGAUCUUAUUUUUGCAGAGCUCUCACCAGUGUUGGCAAGUUGUUGUGUUGCUGUUUUUCUGUGAAAUAAAUAUUCAGCUCUA